UUGAAUUUUUAUCCAGUCAGCUCUGGCUUUGGCCCCACACCUUGUGACAUUCACUUAGUAGAUGCUGCUGGGUUUUCGGAGGGCUCUGAACUGACUAGCCUUUGGGAAAGAGACAGAGAGAGGGAGGGAAGAGAGAGACACAGAGCCUGGGCUUCUACCACAUGGGACAGAACGGGCAGAAGAGAGCGCCAGUCCCACAUCCACUCACUGUUUUACAGAGACGACUCCAUGACCUAGAAUUAGGAGCCAUCAGUCUUGGUGAUAAAUCAACCAGCUCCUUGGAGAGGAGCAAGACGCUUCGCUUUCUCCAUCCCUGGACUGACAGUGAAGAGGUGGCCUUGCCCUCCUCCCAGAGGACAGGGAGCAACACACCCACGCUCAUUAUGGUCCUCUGCUCCUCACAGGAUGUGUGGCAGGUUCCUGAGGCAGCUCUUGGCUGAAGAGAGCAGGCACUCCACCGCUGUGGGGCGCCUCCUGCUGCCCGUGCUCCUGGGAUUCCGCCUCGUGCUGCUGGCGGCCAGUGGGACGAGGAUCUACAGCGAUGAGCAGAGUGAAUUCGUGUGUCACACUCAGCAGGCAGGCUGCAGGGCCGCCUGCUACGAUGCCUUCCACCCCUUCUCCCCGCUGCACUUCUGGGCCUUCCAGGUCAUCUUGGUGGCUGUGCCCAGCACCCUCUACGUGGGUUUUACCCUGUACCACGUGAUCUGGCAGUGGGAAGAAUCAGGAAAGGUGAAGGAGGAGACGCCGAUCCACCAAGGGGCGAAGAGCAGAGACACCGCAGGGGCGGGAAGCCCUAGGCUGCUCUGGGCCUAUGUGGCUCAGCUGGGGGUGCGGCUGGUCCUUGAGGGGGCAGCCCUGGGGGUGCAGUACCAUCUGUAUGGGUUCAAUGUGCCCAGCUCCUUUGCAUGUCGUCGGGAGCCUUGCCUUGGUAGCAUAACCUGUUACCCGUCCCGCCCAUUCGAGAAGACCAUCUUCCUAAAGACCACGUUUGGGGUCAGUGGGCUCUGCCUCUCGUUCACUCUUCUGGAGCUUGUGCUGCUGGGCCUGGGGAGAUGGUGGAGGACCUGGAAGCACAAAUCUCCUCCUUCUAACUCCUCCCCAACUUCAGAGGGCACCAAAAAACACAAGGAACCGACUGAUCACUUCCCAGCGGCGGAAGCAAAAGAGCAGUUCCGAGAAGCAGAGUUAUGAAGCCACCUGCCUCACCUCUGAGGGAACCCUACGACCGGAUCUUCUUCUGCACAUCCAGUGAGUGGGGAUUUACUUCCGUGACCAAGUAGAGGCCGUUGAAGCAUCUCCAAGGGCCAUGGCAGGCCAUGC